AUGUUGAGGAGGAGUAAAAGGAGUAGCAGUAGUUAUUAUUUAUUAAGAAGAAUAGCAUUAGCAGCAAAAGCAGCAAAAGGAGAACAGUCUCGGUGUGGUAUUGUUGGGAGGAGCAGCAGUUGUAGUUGCAGUCGGUUUCUCACCACGGGUGGCAUCGACGAUGGUGAAGACGACCACGACGCUUCAACAUCAUCAUCAUCAUCAACAACUCUAAUAAAGAAAAGAAUAAACGACGAAUACGUGGACACGGAAGCAGCGAUGGAACGAACUCGAAUGAAAGCUGCGGCGUUAAAAGCGGCUGGAUUGAAAGCGGAAUCGAUGACGGUGUUCGACAGAGAAGUGAAGAGAGCGCACAGGGACAGAGCGGCGUAUUUGCAACGAGAGAAGAAAGAGGAGAAGGAAAAAAAAUCUUCGAGCAGCGAAGGUGAUUUUUUACUCGAAGAAGCGACGAGACGAGUGCUCGAUCGAUUGGACGACAUUAAGCGACCGUUUAAACGGAUAUUAGUUAUAGGAGGCGCGACGGUUUCGACCGUCAAGCAGUUACUUGAGAAACGGCGAGAUGUGGAAACGAUCAUCGCGUGCGACUCGAGCGAGGCGACGCUGCUGUUGGUGAAAGAUAUCGUCGGCGAUGCGCCGAAACGGAAGUUUGAUAGUUUUCCAGUGGAAAUUAAAUACGUUCAAGCGUUCGAAGACGAUUUACCAAUUAAAGACAACGUGGUCGAUUGCGUUUUGAGCGUUCUAGGUUUGCACUGGGUGAAUGAUUUACCCGGGGCGAUGGGCCAAGCGAGGUGUACGCUCGUCCCAGACGGCUUGUUUCUCUCCGCCAUUUUCGGUGGCGAUACGUUGACAGAAUUACGAAUUGCGUGCGCUUUAGCUGAAACUGAAAACGAAGGUGGCGUGAGUGCACGCGUCUCGCCGUUAGCGCACGUGAGAGAUGCUGGAAACUUACUCGGACGCGCUGGUUUACGACUUCCCGCGGUGGACGUAGACACGCUCACGCUGAAUUACAAGACUCCGAUGGAUUUGGUCGAACAUUUACGGAUGAUGGGAGAGCAAAACGCGGUGAUUGAGAGGAGACAAACGAUUAAACGGAGCACGAUGGAAUUAGCGAACCAGAAGUACGUGGAAAACUUUUCGGCGUUAUCGUUAUCGAACGACGACGAUGCUUCGAUGCCGAAACCAUCAUCGAGCGAGAGCGGGAUCUCGGCUACGUUUCAAAUUCUAUACAUGACGGGAUGGUCUCCUUCCGAGACGCAACAAAAAGCGAAGGAGAGAGGAUCUGCGACGGUGAGUUUGAGCGACUUGAAAUCCGCGUUAGAAGAGAAGGAGGAGGAAGAGGAGAAGAAGUAG